AUGUACAUCAAAUAUGUUGCAACUGUUGCAAUGGUAGCGUUAUUGCUUACCGUCUCAAUGCCAUCGAAUGGUGAAGCUGCCUGUGCCGUACAUCCACCGGUGUGUGGUGAGAACGAAGUGUACAAGCAGUGCGGUACGGCAUGUCCGGCAACGUGCGACAAUAUGGAUACGGUUCAAGCUUGCACCAAACAGUGUGUGGCCGGUUGCUUCUGCGUGGACGGAUACGUACUGAACGAUAAGGGACAGUGCGUUCCGAAAUGUUUGUGUCCGAAGCAAUAUAAUACGUACUAG